UUCUGUGCCUCUUGCUGAGGCCAGUUUUGUGUGCAGUCUGCACAGGUUCAGUCAUGUCUAACUGGGAAACAAUGAGUCAAGAUGAGCUGGAAAAACAGUAUUCUCCCAGUCGAUGGUCUCACAGAAUGUCUCCAGAUGAAGUUGUUAAGUCUCACGUCACUGCAUUGAGAGCUGGCACAGAAAAUGCCCAGCGCAUUUCUCAAACUCAGCUGAAUAUUCCAUAUGGUGAGGGGGAAGAUGAGAAACUGGACAUGUACAUGCCACAUAACUUCUCUCCAAAUUGUCCCUUGCUUAUUUAUAUCCAUGGGGGUUAUUGGCAGUUCUUAACCCUUUCAUGCACGGUCAAGGAGGAGUCUGGUUUCAUGGCUGCCUCCUUGGUCCCCAAAGGCGUAGCUGUGGUGGCUGUGGAUUACAGCAUUGCCCCAAAAGGGAAUAUGGAUUUAAUGGUAUCACAAGUGCGAGCGAGUGUAGUGUCCAUCAUGCAGCGGUACCCAUCCAGUGAGCUGUAUCUCUGUGGGCACUCUGCAGGAGCCCACCUGGUGGCAAUGGUCCUCUCAGCAGACUGGUCCAAGUACAACGUCACUCCUGAUAUUAAAGGUGCUUUCCUAUUAAGUGGGAUUUAUGACAUCGUACCAAUUGUCUCCACAUAUGUGAAUGAGCCACUCACUAUGACCAAUGAAGUUGCUUUGCGAAACAGCCCCAUGUGCCUACUUCAUCAGCUGAAAGGCUCCAUCAGUACUGAUGUGGUGAUUGCUGUGGCAGAGCACGACUCCCCAGAGUUCCGUAGGCAGUCAAAAGACUACUACAAAAGUUUGAAGAGCAUGGGACUAAGGGCCACAUUUGAAGAUGUUCCAAACACUGACCACUUCAACAUCUUGGAGAAAUUUGUUGAUCAUGACUACAGUCUUACACAGCUUCUUCUGAAGAUGAUGGGGAAAGACUGAAUUGACGAUGUGGAUUUGUAAUGUUUUAUUGUUAUUCAGAAGAGGUCAACAUUAAACAGUCAUUCAGUGUUAA